UUAAGAGUAUAAAUAAUAUCAUGAAAAAACUGAAAACAGUGAUUUUUAUUUGGAUUUUAGUUGCGGAUUAUGUUUAUGCCAAGAACUUGAACCAAAUUAAAAAUGAAUCCAUAAAUUUAAAACAAAAGUCCUCAAAACUGCAAAAAACAUUAAAGGAAUCUACGAAAAAUAUUUUAAAUAAAAGUUUGCUUCCAAAUACAAAUGAAAGAAGAACUAAUAGAAUACCAACUCACCCAAAAAAAUUCUCUAUGCCCGUUUCUCCAAAAAUUCAUGUUCCAUAUUCUGCCAACAAAUUAAAUCGGUAUAAUAGAAAACAACUAUCACUAAAACAAAAACAUGCAUCUCGUGCUGUGCCUAUACCAUCGCUGCAAUCGCUACAAGAUAAACUAACAGUUGCUUGGCAGAAUGUAUUUAAUCAAAUGCAGACAGGUGAUGGGUAUAACCCAAGCGGUUCCAUUCCUAAUGAUUAUGUUCCUAGUGGUUCUGGCCCUAACGAUUAUGAUCCUAACGAUUAUGACCCUAGCAGUUAUGACCCUGUUGGUUCAGAUCCUAACAAUUAUGAUCCUAACGAUUAUGACCCUGUUGGUUCAGAUCCUAACAAUUAUGAUCCUAACGAUUAUGACCCUAGCAGUUAUGACCCUGUUAGUUCAGAUCCUAACAAUUAUGAUCCUAAUAUCUAUGACCCUAGCGGUUAUAAUUCUAACGAUUAUGAUCCUAGCGGUUCAGACUCGAACGAUUAUGACCCUAACGGCUAUGACCCCAACGUUUAUGACCCAAGCGAUUAUGAUCCUAGCAGUUAUGAUCCUAGCGAUUCAGGCUCGAACGAUUAUGAUCCAAACGAUUAUGACCUUAGCAGUUAUGACCCGAAUGAUUCUUACACCGGCGAUUAUGAUCCUAGCGGUAAUGACCCUAACGAUUAUGACCCUAGCGUCUAUGAUCCUUACGGUAAUGACCCCAACGAUUAUGAUCCUAGCGGUAAUGAUCCUAACGAUUAUGAUCCUAGCGUUUAUGACCCUAACACUUCUGACUCCAACGAUUAUGACUCUAGCGGUUAUGAUCCUUACGGUAAUGACCCCAACGAUUAUGAUCCUAGCGGUAAUGACCCUAACGAUUAUGAUCCUAGUGGUUAUGACCCUAACACUUCUGACUCCAACGAUUAUGGCCCUAGCGGUUAUGAUCCUUACGGUAAUGACCCGAACGAUUAUGAUCCUAGCGCUUAUGAUACCAACGGUUAUGAACCUGAUGGCUAUGACUCUAAUGUUUUUUACUCUAACGGUUAUGACUCCAACGGAGAUUCUCAACCUAACAACAAUGUUGAAAAUUAUAGCGGUCAAUAUGACUACGGCAAUGACCAAAACGACUCUGGUCAAGGUGGCUACCGAUCUGAUGAAAUUUACACCGAUGAGAGCUAUGAACCUUAUAUUAAUCCUAAUUACCCUUCCUCUGGAGUUGGCCUAACAGAUCUCGACAGUCAUAUUGAUGAGUCUAAUGGCAUGGGUUACGCCAGGCCUUAUGACAUCGAUCAAAAUCAGUAUCCAGGCGGACCAGACGACCAGCCUCCUUUCCCUUGGUCUGAAGAAAUAUUUAAUGGUGAUAAUUGGGAUUCAUCCGCAGGAAACGGUAAAGAGUGUUGCUUAUGUGAAUGCCCAGGUCGACGAAACCGAUCCAAUAAGAUGUCGGCUUUAUAUCAACAAUUAAAACGAUUAAAUGGCAAUCUUCAAAGGCGACUAAAACUUUAAUUAUAUUAUAAUUAAAUCCCACAAAAUCGGG